AUGAAGGGGAGAAUCAGUGCAAGGCAGUGGGAUGUACUGGGCAAAAGCAGUCUCUGUUGGGCGGGCAAACCCCACGAGCUGUCUCCCCUCGUGUGUGCCAAGUACGGGUGGACCAACGUGGAGUGCGACAUGCUGAAGUGCUCCAGCUGCCAGGCCUUCCUCUGCGUGAGCCUGCAGCUCGCCUUCGACUUCAGCAAGUAUAAGGAGCGCUGCGUGGAGCUGAAGAAGGCCUUGAGCACUGCUCACGAGAAGUUCUGCUUCUGGCCAGACAGCCCCUGCCCAGAUCGCUUCGCCGUCUUGCUGGUGGACGAGCCCAGAGCCCUUCUCCAGGACUUCCUGGAGCGCUUUCAGAGCCUGUGUCAGCUGGAGCUGCAGCUGCCCUCCCUCAGACCUGAAGACAUGAAGAACAUGGCCCUAACGGAGGAGAAGAUCAGGCAGCUGCUGCAGCUGAUCAGAGAGGAGCUCGAGCACAAAACGGAGGGAGAGAAGCCGCCGAUGAAGUUCUCUUCGGAAAUCCUGCACGUUCAUGUUCCUGCCUGCGUCCUGGCUCUGUGCGGCUGGACUUGCAGCGCCGUGUCGGGCUCCAUGCGCCUCUCGGUGAUCACCUGCUCCCGCUGCAUGAGGAAGGUGGGACUGUGGGGCUUCCACCAGCUGGAGGGCGCAGGGUCGGAGCUGGACUCCGGCGGCCUGAGCGGCACCCCGCAGCCCCCCGCCGAGCGCUUCCCGGCGGCGCCCACGUCCCCACGCAGGAUGCUCACGCGGAGCCAGGACUCGCUCCCUCCGGGCUCCGAGCAGCAGCACGAGAAGAGCCCAUCACCAGCGAUGUCCCGCCUGCGGGGCUGGGACUGCGCCGGCCCCGUGGAGCGCGGCGAGCUGGAGGCCGCCAGCCCCGUGCUCCGCAGCCGCCCCGUCACCCGCAGCAUGGGCCAGGAGGACAACGCGGAGGUGCCGUCCAGCCCUCACCGCAGGACCAAGCGGGGCCGGUUCUGCUCUUCCAGCAGCUCGGACACAUCCACGAGGAGCUUCUUUGAUCCCAGCACGCAGCAUCGUGACUGGUGUCCCUGGGUCAACGUGGUGGAAGGAGGGGAAGCCCAGGAGAACCCCGUGGAGAAGGAGCCUGCGAAGGCAGAGCCGGGCUGGCGAGUGGUGCUGAACACGCUCUUGGCCACCAGAAAGUGUGACAGACUGCCUGAGACGGAGCCUGUGAGCCUCUCGGUGAAGUCCUGCAAGGUGUUCCGCAUUUUCCGCCAGUGGGAGAGCAUGAAUUCCUCCUGAGCACUCCAGAACCGGAGCCUCGCCGCGGGCACAGGGCACCGCGUUGCUCCGGUGGAGAGCUGCUUUCCAGUCACUCCCGAGGCAUCUGUGCCGUGGCGAGGGGGUGCUGAGGAGCCCCACGCUCAGCGCAAAGGCCAUGGGCAGCCCCUGGGCCAGAUGGACCUUGGUGGCCACCGGGACCCCCUUCUCUCCCCGUUGCCUUCCUUUAAGUCCCCCUGCCUUAACAAGCUGCUGCCGUGGCCCUUGGCCCCUGGGCUUGUUCGUCACGAGCGGGGAAGCGCUGCAGGCCCCGGGGUGAGCAAGGAGACACGGUCCCGUGUGAGGACAUCUCCCGUAUCCUGCAAGGCCCAGGGGAGCCGGGAGCUGCCACCAGCAGUGCAGGGAGGUGACGCCAGGUGGGAAUAAAACAUUUCAUUUUUUUUC